UGAUACAUUGAAUGUACCUUAUCUAAGCUUGUGCCAAUCGUUAUUGUUGAUACGUAACAGGAUCAUUGGAAUUUGGCGGUAACAUAACCUUAUGGUGACCUUAGCAAAAAAGUUUAUAAAUGAUUCUUUCUUGUGCAGUUUAUUUUAAUAUAUUGUAUUAAAUAUGAAGGAAUUAGAAGAAGUUAGCUGUGAGAUACGCAAUGUUAUAGACAUCCAACACUCUAUAACAAAAUGUUUAAGUAAUGUAGAAAGAGAUGACGGUGGACCAUCAAAUGGUUCACAAAUAUAUAAUAGUUCUGAUGGUGUCUAUGGAGGCUUUUUAAAUGAUGCAACAUAUGCUUGGCUAAGUUAUGGUUGUCAUUUAGUAGUUCUUAAUGCAAAAACUGGUGAAAGUACCAGUUCGUGGACUUUUCGGGGAAAGAUUACAUGUGUUUGUCAAUUUCCUGUUCAAUGCGGAGAAUUACCAUUGCUUCUUGUUGGUUUAGAUAACGAAGCAACAAGAAUUAAAGAUUCUAUGGGUUUAUUAUGCAUCUUUGAUUGUACUUCCUCUCGUGUUUUAAGAGCUAUUAGAAUGCCAGCUGGUGUAGAACAAGUAUGUAUUGUAUCUGGUGGAACAGAAUGGGAAGAAUUUAAUGAUAAAAGACCAGACAAUAUUCUUAUGCAAAUGGAUGGUAUAGCUUGUGUAGUAUUACGCAAUCUUCAUCAUCUCAUGAUUGACCUUCAGAGGUCUACCUGGGAGGUAUCUGAUUUAUCUCUUAUAAUGGAUGAAAUUUCUCCAGCUGAGAUAGAGUUUUUAACAACAAAAGAUUCCUUCCAUAGAAAUAACAGCAAACAUAUGACUUGUAAUUUGCUAACUCAACGUAUUGAAAAACAUAUUGGUUUUAAUAGAGAAGAUUUUGAAUCUAAUGCUUUUUUAGAUGAAAAAUUAACAAAUAUUAUAAUCAGUUCAACGAAAAUCGGUUGUUUAAUAUCAGGAUGUCUAGGCAGAGUAAUAAUAUGGCAGAAUGAUGGCUCUGUGGGAUGGAUUAGCACACCUGUAGACGAAACUAUGAUUGUAACACAUUUAGCAUUAUUAGAACCAGCAGAUGACCCCAGGUCCUUUUACUAUUUAUGGGUUGUUUUUCAAGAUGACUCAUUUAGAGUUCCUCCUCUCUUAAGAAUGUUUGCCUUAUUAUUCAACCGAAAGUACUGUAAUAGGGGAACUAAUUUGUAUUUUAAUUUGGAAGCUGAGCCUAGCCUUAAGUUCGAAGUUGAAUUAGAUUCAAAAGAUAGAGUGGUUAGUUUAUCUACAAUUGAAAGAGGAAACAAUCUAGAUCAAACAGAGUCAGAAUGUAGAAAAGGUGAAGACAGUUUGAUUCUGAUUUCAACUACAAAUAGAACUUUGUUAUUCGACUUAAAUCAAUGGUAUAAGGAACAGAUGCCUCAAACCAUCAGCGAGUGCAAGAAUCCAAAUAGUAUCUUAGCCUGUUACAAUACAAAUCAUCAGCUCUGUAACUUGACCAACAAUGAGAUAAUAAGCUGUGCCUAUAUUUCUCGCACUUUGCAAGAGUUUCCCAAUAAUAGCUUAAGCUCAUCAGAAGAAUUAUUUUAUCCAAAUUCCUUAUCCCUAGAAUGGAUAGAAUUAAGUUUGGCAAAACUUACUUUUUGGUUUUCUAGAGGUGUCCAAGCUGAAUUACUUCGUGAAAUUGCCCUUACAGGACCUAUUAUACUAACACAACCUUCUGAAAUGUUUCACAAGUGUCUUUCCGUCGGUUUAGUACCUUUCAACACAGAAGUUUCCUUUUCUAGUGAUCAUAAUACUCAAAGGGAUAUGUUAUUGUCACUUUGCCUGGAGCAACGUUGGGCGACUUUCUUAAUUAGAUGUGCCAAAGAAUGGUCAGAUGGAAGUGCUGCUUACAUGUACCCAAACUUUUUAAAAUGGGGAAUACAGCGUGCAUCUUCUAUAAAAAUGAUUGCUGAUCACUUAUGUAUUCCUUUAUUUGAUCAAUCAGGUAAUAACAUAGGAGAAUCUGAAGUAAAAACACUGAGAUUUUGUCAUCAUCAAUUGGAGUGCCUAUCCAAUGUAGUAGCUAAACUACCUUUUGAAACAAGUAGUUUAAUCAAGCAACGAAGGGCAUUAAAGCGAGUAUCCAUGUACUUUCAAGUACUUCUAUGGUUUUAUGACGUGGGUUUGUUGCCUGAAUCGCAGAAUUUAGAGGAAGGUCCUCUACCUAUUUCCCUUGCUUUAAAGAUUCCAUAUCCAUACGAAAAACUAUUCGCCAUAUAUAAAGAGAAACGAGAAUCGAUUAAGGAUAAUAAUCUAAAAGAUGAAAAUGAAAAAGUACUCUUCAUUGACGAACUAAUCACUCGAGAGUGUCCUGCUUUAAAUUUGCAGUGGGAAAGAGAAGCUGGAGAUGUGAUUACAAAUGGUUAUUAUCCUCCACCUUCUUUGCAAUCAUUACUACGAAGUUACUUAACUGAUUGUGGUCAAAUAGAGUCAAAUGAAAUAAAAUAUAAGCAUCAGAUCACUAUAUACCUUUUGAUGGACUUAGCUAUGCUGUUACAAGGAUCUUAUCCUGGAGUUGAUCAAUUGAUCAAAUAUCCUUCCUCUUUUAAGAUGAGUCCAAGUCUCAUAAAACUUACUCAAGCAUUCUGGCUACUUGAUCAUGAAGAUUAUCAUGGCUUUUUGGAUAUGAUAACAGGUCAAUUAGUCAGUGAUUCUGAUGUCAAAGAUUGGUAUCAUAAACUUGUGCUAAGAACAUUGAUAAGAAACAGCCAGCACAAGCUUGCUUUGAUGUAUUUACGUAUAAAGAAACCACCUUUGUCAUCCAUUCAAGAACAGAGUACAUUAAUAACUUUAUCAGUAGAGCAUGGGUUAGUUCAAUCUGCUUUUCACCACAGACCUCGGUCGCAUUAUACGCAAAUAUUAAUGUGCUUUUUUCAUGCCUGUAAAAAUUAUGACAAACUUGGUGAUAUUUUACAUUUGGCUCUUGAUUCUGAGGAGGAGGAAAUGUUUGUCAAAUUUUUAGAAGAUUCCAAGUCUGAAGACAUAAAAUUAUUAUAUUAUUUGCAACGGUGUCGUUACAUGGAAGUUAAUAGCAAAAACUCGACUACUUGGUUCAAUGCCAUUGCCUCAAAAAAUACACAUGUUGAUAUAUUAAAUGCUUACAAUGCAACUUUACCAGAUGUGGUGAAACGAUUUUCUAUGAGCAUAAAUAAAAUGAACUUAGAUACAGAUCUAGAGUCCAGAUAUCCUAGACCCAUGACUUACAAUAAAAAUCUUCAGAGAACCACAAAUAUUUAUGAAACAGUCAUUAAGAAAGCAAGAGAGACCUAUCUUAGAGGGGAGAAGUCUGGGAUACCUUUUGUUACUGCUCCUUGCGCCACGUUAAAAUUAAGUAAUGAUAAAAUCAACAUAAGUUGUGUAAUGUCCCCUGAAGUAGUGGAGAAGAGUAGAAAACGCACCUUAGAAGAAAUUACACAUGAUGAAGAGAAUAGUGACUUAAAAACACUAGACAAAACAAAACGUAGAAAGUUGCUGGAUGAUGGUGAAUCAGUCUUGAAUGCUGCAUUUAGUACUCCUUUGGUAAAACGAAAAAUAUCAAACAAUCGGGAUACUCCAAUUGAAACUCCUCAUUCUAUUUUAAAAAUUCGACAACUCAUAAGAAAUUCAACAUCUCCUGUUGGUAAUCUACAGGUAGAAAUCAUGGACAAUUCAGUAUUGGAUAGAGAGCGUAAAAUUCCUCGACAGAUACGAUUUAAUAUUAAUCAAUCAAAAAACAAUAGUUCUCUUGACGAGGUUAAUGGGGGAGAAGAUUUCUCUAAACUUAAUGAUUCUGAAGAAAGCAAAGAAGUGUUCAUAAGUCCAGUGGUGAGCGAAAAGUCUUUGACUGAGAGUGCAGUCUUAUCGGAUAGCAGUUAUACUUGUAAAAACGUGUACACUGCUCGACCUAGACCGAGUCUUAGAAGAAGUCAUUUACAAACGUCUACAGAAUCUAUGAAUGAAUCUUUGACCAAAUGUUCAAGAAGUUAUAUAAAUUCACAUUUGAGUACAUCUUCAGGCAAUACAUUGCAUAACUGCUUAUCAAAGGAUAUACCACAAGUGUCUACAAGAUUUAUUUCUACAUCAUCUUCUUCUGUUUAUUCUCCUGCGAUACUUUCUCCAGAUAGUAGUUUUGAAACUAACAUUUCUUUAAGAAAGUUCAAUGAGAGCAACCUUCAGUGCUCAUUGAAAAUACCUAAACAACAAGAUAGUAAUUAUAAUUGUGUCUUUGCGUCGACUCCUAUGAUAAAGAAUUCUGUUCCUGAGGAAUCACAACACAGUUCAAAGGAAUCAGUUGACAAGGAUAUUGAAGAGGACAUAAUUCCAGAAGUGCUUUGUAAUGAGGAACAGAAGUUUUUGGAAAGUAUAAAACAAUCAAAUAAUUUAGAACUUUGUAAUAGUAAAAAAUUAACAGAGAAUAUGGAAAGUAAGUACAGAAAUGGAGAUCUUUCAAAGAUUAAAACUUUGGAAGAUAGUAGUAAAGGCCAUAAAAGCAAUGAAAAAGAAUUUAAAGAUUUUCCAAACAUAAUGAAUAACUUAAGUUAUUUGGAAAGCAAAGAACAAUACCAUUGGUCAUUUUGUGAGGAUCAAUAUAAUAAAUUUGAGCAUAAUGUUGAAAAACAUGUAAAUUCGCAAAAUACCGAGCAUUUUGAUAUUACUGACGAUGAAUCUUCACACAGUGGCGAUGAGGCAGUUUUAGUAUUCGAUAAAAUAGAGAGCAAAGAAAAACAGGAGUUAGAAACAGUACCCAUGGUUGUAGAUAACAUCUAUGAUGCUUCAAAUAUUACAGAUGAUGAAUCAGAUUCUAGUGUAGAAGUAAUAGAUGAUGUGGAAAGGAUUGCAGGUUCAGGUAGACGAGACAGUACAGAUAACCAAUCCAGGUUGCUCAUACUGCAGAAAGAAAUUUCGCAGAAAUAUAAAACAAAAGAAAAGUCAAUACAACUUGAUAAUAAUAAUUCUAGUUACAAAAAAGCGCGAAAAAAUUCAGUCCAUAAUUUAUCAGAGUGUACAGAGCAAAAGGAUAUUGUUAAUACUUCUAGUUUAGAUUCUGAAUCCUAUGAAGUUGCACCUAGGAUAACUAGAUCACGAAGAGCUUCCUCCACAACAAAAGAAAUCAAUACAUCUCCUUUAAAUUCACCUUCUAAGACUACAGCAAAAAUAUCACGAUCGAGACGAGCUAGUUCACUCGUAAAAGAAGUGUUAAUUGGAUCUGUGUCAGCUGUAGAUGAAACUAUCAAGAGGGCAGCUUCUUCUGGGUCAGAAGGAUCACCCGGGACUUCAUCUCCAAGGAAAAAUAGGGGUAAAAGAGCAUCUUCUAUAACCAAGGAUAUAUCUAUAGAGGCAGAAAGCAAAGAAGCUAAAAUUCCAGUAAGGAGAACUACCAGACGUUCUGUUUCAGUGCAAAAAGAGCUACCAGAACCUGUAACUGAACCUGUAGUUAAACCUUUGGUAAAAAAUAGUAAAUUGUCUAUAACAGAUUUAACAAUAAAAGAUAAUGAGACAAAGGUUCAAAUAGAAACUAAAGCUUUGAAAACAAAACAGUUUUCUGGAGGAACAAGAAAAUCGAGUACAAUUUUAACCAAGUCAACAAAAGAAUUUGAAACAAGUGAACAAGAGAUGAAAGAAAUGAAACCUGUUGAACCUCCAAGAAAACGUGGUAGUUCGAUGCCGAAGGAAUCAAUUAGUAUAGUAAGGACUCGAAGAUCUAGUAGCGUAGCUAAGGAAAUUAUUUCAGAGGAGUCUGAAUCACUACUAGAAACAAUAAAGGGGCAGGUAGAACAUAUAAUAGGUAGUCCAGCUGUAAACACACGUAGUCGUAGAUCAUCGAUACAAUCGAUACCAGAAGAACUUGAAGAAAUUUUAAGCGUUCCGUUAAAAGAGAGAGUCUCCACUGCAAGUAAUAAAACGCAGACUGCACAGAACUCUCGUCAGAGAAGAGCAGUAAGUGUUGAAUUAUCUCAAAUCGAGACAAGAAGGAAACUCAGAAGUACUCGUAACAAAGGAUUCUUUGAGGAAACAAUAAUAGAGGAAGCGGUAGGAACAGCGAGUUCAGUAGACAAUUCUGAUCUUAAAAAAGUUUCUACAAAGAGAAAACAUAUUUCUUCUGAAACUUCUGGUCAAGAAGCAGAGAAAGUGAUACCAAAACCGAGAAGAAAUCGUAAACCUACGAAGCAAGAUACUAAAAAUAAGGAAAUUAAUCAAUUUUCGUUUUCGCAACCAGAAAAAAUGGAUAAUCUACCAUUGGACGAGAAAGCCAUUGGAGAAGUUCCAAAAUAUAUGUUUUCACCCCCUCAGACCAGGUCAAAGACUAUGGCUGCUGAUCAUCGUAGGAAAAUAAGUAGUUUCAUUCCAGUCUUGAGAGAGGAUGAGAAAGAAGAAGAAGUAGAGGAUGGAAAAGAAACACAAACUAUUCAACAGAGAACCACAGAAGUGAUAAAACCAGGCCAUUAUAUUCGUGAAACAGUAAAUCGCUGUAGAAUGAAGUUUGUAUUACCUAAGCAGUCAAAAAGUACGACAAAUUAA